CUCCCUCUCCAUUUCAACUAACAGACCGCUGAGGAGCAGAGGGGAAGGUGAUGCGAUUGCUAGGGGAAAGAGAGCGGAGGGCACACAUUUAGCGGACUUACUUAAUCAUGCAGAAAUCUCCACCGUUAAAAACUGGAGAACUCCUGGAUGCGGUGCUUUUGCCAUAGAACUUUCUGAAUGUUACUGCUGCACAAUACAGAUAUGGGCUUUACGAGAAAACACAGCAAGGGCUCAGCAAAGUUUCCCUCACCGAUACGAUUCCCAAGAUUUCGACUGUGCGCGUCUUUCAUUGUAUGGAUAGCGGCUCUGGCGUCAGUCUGCGCGGGGUUUAACCUGGAUGUGGACAAUCGUGUGGUAUACACUGGACCAGAAGGCAGCUACUUUGGUUACUCUGUGGAAUUCUACGUUGACCGAUCAUCAAGUGUCAGCAUCCUAGUCGGUGCUCCGAAAGCCAACACCAGCCAACCGGAUGUCGUAGAGGGCGGGUCUGUGUUCCUCUGUCCCUGGACCCAUGGCCAAUCAAAGUGCAGAGUUCUGGAGUUUGACAUUGAAGGAGAUCGGAGUUUCCACAUCAUCGACAGAGACCUCAAGGUGGAAUUCAAAUCGCACCAAUGGUUUGGGGCAACAGUGCGCUCCCAUGGUGACACAGUCCUGGCCUGCGCCCCAAGGUACUUUUGGAGAACAGAGCACGAUAUUCCUUUUUCAGACGCCACCGGGACCUGCUACCUGUCUGUGAACAACUUCACCAAAAUAGUUGAAUACGCCCCCUGUCGAACAGAGAGACACGGCCCUGCCGGCCAGGGCUACUGCCAGGGGGGAUUCAGUGCAGACUUCACUCAGGAUGGGAAGGUUGUUCUUGGGGGACCUGGAAGUUUCUACUGGCAAGGUCAGCUGAUCUCAGCCACUACUGAGGAAAUAGUGAAGGCCUUCUACCCCUCCUACUUCCUGUUGUCAGUGGCCGGGCAGGUGCAGACCAGACAGGUGCAGAGCAGCUAUGAUGACAGCUACCUGGGUUACUCUGUGGCUGUGGGAGAGUUCAGUGGAGAUGAUACGGAAGAUAUUGUAACAGGGGUCCCCAAAGGAGUCAUGCUGCAUGGUUUAGUAUCUCUCCUAAAUGGAACCAAUCUACAGUCCAUGCUGAACUUCACCGGUGAACAGAUGGGCUCAUACUUCGGUUAUGCAGUGGCAACAACGGAUAUCAACAAUGAUGGGCUGGUGGACCUGCUGGUGGGGGCUCCUCUCUUCAUGUUCCACCAGCCAGGAGGCCACCUGGAGGAGGUGGGGCGUGUGUACGUGUACCUGCAGACGGCCCCCCUGCUGUUCCUGCCCUCCCCGCCGCUGAGCGGCACGCACACCUACGGCAGGUUCGGCGCCUCCUUCGCCCCCCUGGGUGACCUGGAUCAGGACGGCUAUAACGAUGUAGCCAUUGGUUGCCCCUUUGGAGGGAAGGAUGGACAAGGGCUGGUCUUCAUCUAUAAUGGACAGACAACUGGAUUAAAGGACACACCCUCUCAGGUGUUGGCUGGCCAAUGGGCUACUGGUGUGCUUCCCACAGGGUUUGGUCACUCCAUCCAAGGAAACAAAGACCUGGAUGUGAAUGGUUAUCCCGAUGUCCUUGUCGGGGCCUUUGGAGCAGACAAGGCAGUUCUGUACAGGGCAAGACCCAUUGUAAAUGCCUCUGCCACUUUGGUAGUGCAGCCUACCAUGAUCAACCCAGAAGAGAAGAACUGCAUAGUGACCAAUGAGAAUGGAACCGUCCCUUCAUCCUGUGUAAGUUUGAGUUUCUGUAUCUCUGCCGAUGGAAAGCACCUUCCUGCUGAUUUGGCCUUCGUGGUGGAGCUGCAGCUGGACAGUGUGAAGCAGAAACAGAGAGGGCUGGUGCGGAGGGCUCUCUUUCUGGACACCCAGAAGCCCAGUCACCUGCAGCGGCUCCCCCUGGCCAACGGAGAACGCCUGUGCCAAGAGAGCAGGAUCUACCUGCAAGGUGAAAAGGCGUUCCGGGACAAGCUGACGCCCAUAGUGAUCACCCUCAGCUUCUCUCUGGAUCCCCAGGCUCCUGUGGACUCCCACGGCCUGCAGCCCAUCCUCAACUACCAGACUAAACAGCUCAUUGAGCAGAAGGCUCAGAUUCAACUUGACUGUGGAGAUGACAACAUCUGUGUGCCGGACCUGAAGUUGACUGUUAAGGGGGAUCGAGAGGAGGUGUACCUGGGGGAUGAAAACGUCUUGACUCUGACGUUUAAUGCUGUGAACGAGGGCGGAGCAGCUUACGAAGCAGACCUGUAUGUGCUCCUCCCACCAGAGGCUGACUACAGUGGCAUCGCUAGAAACAAUCAGACCCUAUCCCAGCUGACCUGUAGUUAUGCAACGGUGAAUGAGACUCGUUUUGUUUGCUGUGAUCUGGGCAACCCUAUGAAGUCUGGAACAAGUGUGUGGGCCGGCCUUCGCUUCACGGUGCCCAGAGUCAGGGACACGCAGAGAACCGUUCAGUUUGACCUGCACAUACGCAGUAAAAAUGAGAACAACUCCCACAGUGAGGUUGUCUCGUACCCUCUUGAGGUGGCUGUUAUGGCAGACGUCAUCCUUCAGGGUGUGUCUCGUCCAGAUAAACUCCUCUUUCCUCCUGCUGACUGGAAACCCACCAACAGGUGGAUGGAACAGGACGUCGGCCCCCAGAUGCUGCAUGUUUAUGAGUUGUUGAAUAAUGGCCCCAGCACGCUGAGUCUGUCUACACUGGAGCUGCGCUGUCCUCGUCAGGUGGAAGGUCACCGCCUGGUCUAUCCUCUGGAGGUCAGCAGCGAGGGCCCACUCAACUGCAGCACUAAAAACAUCAUUAACCCCCUGAGGGUGAAGCUCCAGUCGUCUCCCUCAGAGCCCCCUUCGCUGGAGUCUGGCUCCAAUCAGCCCAGGCAGAGCAGAGAAGCGCCCAGAGACCAGCUCUCGCAGCUCAGCAACCUGUCCUGUUGGACGGUGCAGUGCUGGAGACUGCAGUGCAGCGUCGGGGUGCUGCCCAGAGGAAAGAGCGCCAUCCUGAAAGUGAGGUCGCGUGUCAGCGCAGAGACCUUCGUACAGAGAGCUUAUAAGCAGUACCUGCUGGAGUGCAUGGUGGAAUACAGAGUGGAAAAGAUGCCUUAUUCCAUACUGCCUAAGGAGCACCCAAGUGGAUCCACCAAAGUCGUGACCCCAAUAGUGUGGGGUAAUCCAGAGAACCCAUAUGCUGUACCCCUGUGGAUAAUCAUCCUAGCCAUACUGGCUGGGCUGCUCCUGCUGGCGUUGCUCAUAUACAUUUUAUACAAGCUGGGUUUCUUCAAGCGAUCUGACCCCUAUGGUACAGCCAUGGAGAAGGCACAACUCAAGCCCCAGGCUUCAUCAGAGGCCUGAACAAGAUCUUCGAAAACAAGCACUUCAGCACAGCAGGCAGGGAGAGGAGGAAUCCAAGCCUAAUGAGGGAACAUAGCACAGCCUGAUGUGUUAAACCUGUGUCUGAUGAACCCACUGCAACCAAAGCAGGGCCCUGCAGGGUCUACUGCACUGCACUAUAGGCACAGACAGAAGCCAGUUCUGAUGCAGGUGUGACUGCCGUGUUUGUCGUUGGACUGAAACCCCUGCCACUGCUAACAGACUGCAUUAGCUGAUGGAUUAGGCGUGGGGUCAGCGACCUCAUUUUACAGGAUUGGACUCUUUAGAGCUUCUCCUCCUCAGCAUUUAUAUAACCUCAAUGGCACGUCAUCAAAAAAGAAGAGUGAUAUCUGGCAACCCCAGUGGAAGCACUGAUUUAGUCGUCCUCAGAAAGGCACAUUUCUUUUCAUGAAACCUGGAAGAGCGCUUCACAAGUAAAUCACAAGCACAGCUAAAUUAUUUAUACGGAGGGCUUUACUGGUUGUGUAUGUAUGUAUCGGUCUCAUAUAUCUGUCUCAGUAGAACUGGAAAAGUGAACUGGCCAGUUCUUGCCUGUGGUUGCCACAUCCAAGUUUCAGUAAAUCUCAAGCUUUCGCUGUGUACACCAGUUGUUGUCAGUGGGUUGAGCUUUGACAACCUUGUUAAAACCCUGGAGAGCAGGCCUAUAGCAUCCACGUGGUCCAAUGUAUGCUAUUGUAGUGAUGAAGCCAAAGAGUCAAGUGACUGUGUGUUUUGACAAUCGAGAGGGAGCCAUGAUGAUGGACCAUUGAACUUGGAACAGCCCAUAGGAUCAAAGGGUUCAUUGUCCGACUUCUCCCCCUGUGUUUAGAUAGUCACAACUGCUACGUAGCCUGUUUUGCAGAUAUUUGUUUUCACUACCUUGUGUGUCCCAAAGCUUGCAGUGGAGUUCAGAGUUAGCAGAAGGGAAAAAGUGAACAUUACUCUGCUAAAAGCUCUGUUUUUUAUUUUUAUUGAGAGAACAUUCGGGUUUUGCCUUGACAUUCUUUGCGUAUAUACUUUGGAUUGUUCUGUGUCCGGCAAAACACACACACAUCAGCCUAGCUGUGUCCAACUGUCACAUGCUUUCCACACGUCCUGUCUGCAGUUUCUAGUGGCAUGCUUUUCAGUUGCAUGGGUUGUCAUUAAUGUCCAGGGAAGACUGCAAUAUUCACAACCGGUCAUGGUAGUCCUCAGGUCUUGAAAACCCCCAUUAACCAUGCACUUCGCCUAUUUUUUCACCAAAUGGUAGAGUUAGAUCAGUGUUUUUUUUUAACACACCUUCAUAUAUACUUCAAUUUGGAUUCUACUUGAAUAUCCUACUACUUAAGAGUACUGUAUGUAUUUAAUCUGCUUAAAGUCUGUGUAAUGCAAUAAGAUACAACAAAAAAAGACUACAAACACAUUUUUAUCGAUGAAUUACAGUUCAGACACAUGAUUUAAAAAAUAUGCAUUCUAGAUAAGCUACCAAUAUUUUGAGAGCAGGGAAUUGAGACAUGGAACAGACAAAUAAUCUCCAGUUGAAAAUGGCCUUCAUGUGUGUAAACAUGUUCCCAGAAAAAGCCAUAAGGAUAAAUGUUCUACCCACAAUACAGCCCUUGGAAUUCCUCACAUUUAGUUCAUUAGUUCAUGUGUGGGUAUAUAUUUAAGUUCUUGACUCUGCUACAUCUAAAUGUUACAUGUAAUCGUGUUUAUCAGAGAAUUCUUCUGCCUUUUUAUUCUGGUCCUGUUGGAGUUGUACAUUUUUCGCUACUGUAAGUGAGGAAAAUAUUUUAAUAUACAAUGAAAAUGGGUCAUUGUUUUGUUGACAAAAUAUUAUUGUCCCAUAUUGGGAUAAAACAACGUUUUAUUUUGGUGUUGUAUAUAGCUGUUUUGAAGAAAAUAAAGUGGUCUCUUUUACAAUA